AUGUCUACGUCUAAAAAAAUUUGUGAAAACUGUCUACGUCUAAAUGUUUGUGGAUCAUGUCUACGUCUAAAUGUUUGUAGAUCAUGUCUACGUCUAAAUGUUUGUAGAUCAUGUCUACGUCUAAAUGUUUGUGGAUCGUGUCUACGUCUAAAUGUGUGUGGAUCAUGUCUACGUCUAAAUGUUUGUAGAUCAUGUCUACGUCUAAAUGUGUGUGGAUCAUGUCUACGUCUAAAUGUUUGUAGAUCAUGUUUACGUCUAAAUGUGUGUGGAUCAUGUCUACGUCUAAAUGUUUGUAGAUCAUGUCUACGUCUAAAUGUGUGUGGAUCAUGUCUACGUCUAAAUGUGUGUGGAUCAUGUCUACGUCUAAAUGUUUGUGAAUCUCGAUAUCAUGGGUACAGGGCCGCGUUAGCUAUUAAGCAUUCUAAGUACGUUCUCAUGGCAUCAGACAAAGGAAGGGGCAUCACAUACAUGUUCAGUAGCCAUGGAGCUGAGCGCUUUCUCAGCUGA